AUGGCUCCUGUUUUGACUCGAGUCAAGAAAGAGCAGCUACGCAAACGCCGUAACAAUCUGCUUCGUCGGCACAAUGAAUUUUGGCUUUUGUAUGGAAUCAAAAGCUGGCUGGUUAUGGAACUCGCCGAUGGGCAGGUCGUUAUGUAUCACUCUCAUCCUGACCACUCUCCACCAUCAGCAGAAGAUAUGGUAAGGGCAAAACGAAGAUUUGACCUUAAGGAGUAA